AUGUAUCUUCUCGUGCUUCUCGCAAGCUUGCUAUUGAGUCACUUUACCGUGUCGGCUCUGAAUGUGAGCUCCACAGAGCUAGUCGAGCAGCUGUUCCUCGACUUCAGUGUGGAGGAGAUUUCCCUCAACAAUACAGAUGGAUUUGCCAUCGUGGAACCAUGGGCCAGCGAGUAUCUCAACGCUAUUCGUGACGGAAGAUUCGGAGACGCCGUGUGGGCACGCUACCAUAUUGCUGGUGAUGUACACAGUCGCACAGGUCUUAUUGAAGGUACCAAUUUGACUGUACUGGAGAGCAUCAGAGAAGAUGCACUUGGCUACAGAAGUGGUGAUCAAGACCUAUACGCUGAGGCUGUCGAACUUUACGAAAAGACCAACCGCACAGACGGACAUAAGAAUAUUAUUCGCAUGCUCAAAAAAAUUGGGGACCAGGAUAUCGACGAGGUUCAAGCGGAACUUAACAAACGUACCACAUGGUCGAUCAAAUGCAGCACCAACUAG